UUAUCUUACAUUAAAUCGUAUCGCACGUUUUUAGUUGUGACUCGUAGUUACUCUGUUUUCGACUGAAAAAUGGAACAAGCCUCUUGUUUAGUAUGUUUUCAUCCUUCAAAAAAUGUUAGCGAUAUUGUAAAUAACAAUUUAUGGAAUGUCUGUGAGCAGUUAGCAGAGAUAAAGUUGGAAAACCCGCCUAGAAUAUGUUCCUUGUGUCGCACGCGUUUGCGGCAGGCUCAGCAACUGUUUGUGCUAGCUAGGAGGACACAUCUUCAGAACUCCAAUGAGAUUGAAGAAAAAGUAGAAUUAGCCGUAAUGAAGCAGUCUGAUUUGGUGAAUUAUUCUGUGCCAAAAUAUUAUGCUGAUCAAAUAAAUGAGGAGUCAAAAGAUUCAAUAGGACCAGUACCUGGAACAUCAGAAAAAACCUAUCAAAGGAAAAUUAAUUCAAAAUCAUUAGAGAACCAACUUCCUAGCCCAGAUACUAAUAGUGACGAAAAUGUGGUGUUAAGGAGAUGCCUAUACAUUGUAGACAAACCAAGAAAAAAAAUUAAAAAUCUAUUUUCACAAGUGAUGCAUUAUACUGAAGUAGACCCACUAUUAACCACCACCGUGCCGCUUGAAACCUCUACUCCCUCAGAUUCGGAAAUUCCUCUUCCGAAUGAUAUAAUUUCAACUCCUAAUGUAAACUCAUCUAGCUUCAAAAAUUCACUUUUAGAAUCGUCGAAUAUAAAAAGUGAACCUCCAAAAAAGAAAAUCAUGCAGUCAGGCAAUAUUUACCCAUGUAAGAAAUGUGCAAUGGAGUUUAUUUAUAAAAGUAGACUGCAGUGGCAUAAUGCUCAUUGUCAUCCCCGUGUACGGAAAACAUAUAAUUGCAAGUUCUGUGGGAAGAAUUGUCAAUCCAAGCAAAAUUUGAUAUCACACACAAGGGUACAUACAGGCGAGAAACCAUACGAGUGCGCGGAGUGCGGGGGGUGCUUCAUAUCGAAGCAGACCCUCACGAGGCACAUCCUGGUCACCCACCGCAAACACAAACCGUACGUCUGCCAGACCUGCGGCAAGGCGUUUCCGGAGAAGGCCCCUCUGCGCGUCCACGAGCGCACGCACACGGGCGAGAAGCCGUACGCGUGCCACUGCGGCGUCAGCUUUGCUAAUAUCAGGACCUUCCAUCUGCACUUCCGCAGCGGCGCGCACCACAGGCGUUUAUAUUUUUUACAUCGUAAUGAAAGGAUUCCUUGUGUCUCCGUACCAGAUGUACUAAAUAAAGUAACGAAGGGGCUGGCGAGGUACGAUCGCUGGCCCAAGUCGGCCAGCUGCACGGCCGGGACCACGGAGACCACGCCCACGGUGGCCUCGCCCACGGGGACCACGCUCACGGAAACCACGCUCAGGGAGACCACGCUCACAGAGACCACGCCCACGGACACUACGCCCACGGACACUACGCCCUCAGUGACCACGCCCAAGGAGACCACGCAAAAGGAGACCACGCCCACGUUGACCACUCGCCCGAAGACCAAACAUCCGGAGGAGCGUCUGCACUGCCCCUUUUGCGGGGCGACGUGUGGUGAUAAGUGCCGUCUCCGCAGCCACAUGCGUGUGCACCUGAUGUUCGAAGUGGGCCAGUUCCCGUGCCCCGUCUGCUGCGAGACCUGCACCAGCCUGGACCACUUGGUGAUCCACCUGGACUACCACCCCGACAGCGAUUCCUGCCAGACCUGCAACGUUACCUUCGUCAACUCCAGGGAUAUGAAACGCCACAUCGGUAUAUUUCACGCCAAUACUAUUUAACGUAAGGCUAGUACCUAAGCGUAUUAUGUGGACAGCUGAGGAGGACAGGGUGAGUCCGGAUCAUAAAGUUAGUAUACCUAGCGGAAUAGAGAAACAAAGGCGAGCAAGCGUGAUG